AUGAAAUAAGCCAUAGACGAUCUCAGAAGUUUACUAACUUGAUUAAAAUACAGUAGUGAAGUGAAUUAACCCCUGGCUUUCUAAGGGAAAAGCAUGGAUAGGUCCAGGUUGCCUAUAAAUGUGUGACCAAAGCUUUCCAGAUAUGAGCCUUCCUUUGGAGAGCCCAUUUCCUGAAGUGCCUUUCAAAAGAGAUUGUAUUCUGGAUGCAGAGAUUGUAGAUUUUCUUGAAUUCAGAUGUAAAGUAUACAGAUUUGUUAUUGCCUGGUGUUCACAGCUUAACUGGCUUCCCACUCUCCUGGCUAGUAGGUAGGGGUAGGACUGCUUGUAUAUCUGGACCAGGCUGGGGACCCCCUGACACGUGGUCUGUGCUCUAGCGGCCUGGCAUCUGGAGCCUGUGCUGGUCUCAGGAAGGCGGGCUGCCUGCCAGGGUGCGGUCGGGAGGGCGUGGUCAGCGAGCGGCUCCUGCUUCUGCUGCGCGUGGGUCGCCCGGAUCCCCGGACGUCAUUUCAGCCUGAGGACCUGGUCUGUUGGGAGUUGGCGGUGGCGGCGGAAGCUCAAAGUCAGCCUGCCGAGGAAGGAGAAACUCUGGCUGUGUCCGCCCCAGUACCUGACGCCCCUGGAAGUCAUGGCUUCCUCGCUGAAGCUAGAGCAGGACGUGCAGGGGAAAGUAGAUUCAUUUCGGGCCCGCAUCGCUCAGGAGGCUGAGGAUCUGGUGUCCACCUUCUUCCCUCAGAAGCUGUCGGAGCUGGAUAGUCAGGUUCAGGAGCUCCGCCUGCAAGACUUGUCCAGGAUCCGUUCGGUGCCAGCACCAGAGACCGCCGUCGCCCCAGACACUGUGGGGGAUGGGCCCAACCGGAGUCCACAGCCUCUGCAGACGCAGCCCUCCAUCAGAGUACCAGCACUGCCAGGCGGCGAGGGCCAGCUCCUGCGAAGCAACCAGCAUCUGGUGGAGCUGAUUGAGCAGGUAAAACCUGAGAUCGAGCUGCUGAGAGAGAAAUGCAACACUGUACGGAUGUGGGUGCAGCUGCUCAUUCCAAAGGUGGAGGACGGCAACAACUUCGGAGUGUCUAUCCAAGAAGACACCGUGGACCAGCUGUGGACGGUGGAGAGCACAGCAGCCUCGUAUCUACGCCGCUUCUCCACCUACUACAACACCCGGGCCAAGUUGGUAUCCAAGAUAGUGAAAUACCCCCAGGUGGAAGAUUAUCGUCGCACUGUAGCUGAGGUCGACGAGAACGAGUACCUGAGUGUGCGCCAGAUCCUACUGCAUGUACGGAACCAGUAUGCCACCUUGCAUGAUGUAAUCCUCAAAAACAUCGAGAAGAUCAAGACCCCUCGGAGCACCAACACUGACAACCUAUACUGAGGACCUUUCUUCACCCCACUUUUCUUCAGGAGUUGGCCCAGCUGUUCAGGCAGCUAGAAGGCUGGUUAUUAAUAACUACAGGUGUGCGUUCCUCUUUAGUGUGGGUUUCAUACAGCUCAUCCUCAUACUGAAUACUCUUAUGGUGUAAUUUUUAUUUGAUUUUUCUUUCUGGGAGAGAAUGGGAACAAACCUGGUAGAAGGUGGUAAUGUUGGCCAAGGAGAAAGGACUGCCAUUUGAAAAAGCAGCUUUGUAGAUGAAUGUUGGCCAAUUUAUGGAAUUGGUGGCACUGAAUGAUUUCAAAGGCUACUAAAAACCCCUAAUGUUUAAAAGAAAAUUAAAUGAAGCUUUUCCUAAGGCUCUGCUCUACGUUACUUUGUUCAAACCUCCGUAAUGCUCCUUUUACACCAUCAUUUGUCUUUUUGCAAGAAAAGGAGUUUAAAGGGAAGUGUUAAGGUUAUAACACUUAAGGUUGUAAGCUUCUAAUUUAGCAGAUCAAAAUAAAACCUGGUUUUAACUUUUUUUUUUUUGGUGGCUUAAGUGUGCUGAUCUGAACUUUAAUUUUCAGAUGUAUAGUUUCCCUCUUCCUUAG